UGGCGGAAAUAGCAAUUAUCCAAAUAGAAUUACAGCCUUUCAUUUUAAAUUGGCGGCCAUUGUUUACUCAUGUGAAACGGUACUGUGAAACUAACUUUGGAGCAUUGUCACAACAAAGUUUCCUGCUGGACCAAACAAAUUUGUAAUGUGUUCCAAAUGUCUGGUUUGACCUAAUGCUUUGGUUUUUCUUUAAAUACACCAUGCUUAAUGGUGCUCUUCCUGUUGCUGGUGCUUAUUUCGGCUGCUCCUCCCAGCAUCUACAGUAUGGAGAUGCUAACCGAUGUUGAGUGAGGGAUGUAUUUGUUGUAUUUGGGAAUUUUGCAGACACUCUAAACCUAUAAACAAACUUGCACAGUUUGUUUAUGUACAUACUGUCCAUUGAUGCUGCUGGAUAUUACCCUGUUCACUGGUACAUUCGCAGUACCCUCACUGGGGAAUCGAACCUACAACCCCAUGGUUACAAGUUUCUAAAGAUUUCCCAGUUUUCUAAAGAUUUUGCCACCCCACAUGCAGACUAGUAAAACUGUAAUUAGCUUAUCGCUCCAAAGACAGUUGUAAUAAUAUCUAAUAUCAAUAAGGAGCUAUAUAAAUAUUUGACUCCUCAGGAUGGUAACUGAAGAGUUGGCAUUGCACUAAUUGAUAAUGAGGAGGAGUCCUUCCUCUCAAGGUUACUUUGUUAAACUUAAUUUGAUGGUAUUGUCAAUAUCACCUUCACAUGGGAAUCGUUGCUGGGUUCUUCAGUGAGUGAAGGUUAAAAAAAAAAAAGUCUCUACUUGAUGUCACUACCUUGUUGUUGAGAAUAGCAUGUGUUGAGAAAAGCUGCUGUUCCUUUGAAUGACUCUUAACCUUGUUUGUUCCCUCUUUAAACAGCACCACGAUGAGGCUAAGCUAUAAUGAUUGCAUGCAUUUAUAUUUUAAAUGCUCUUACCCAGAGUGACCUCUAAGACCAUUGUGGGAAGAGAUAUAUGGCAAGAUAUGGUGCAAGAGUAUGUAUAAAGGUGACAUUGAGAUUGGAAAAUGAUCUUUGAGAAAUCACCAAACUAAUGUGUGUCUACCUAACUGCACAACCUAAUCUGAGAUCACAACACAGAUAGUAAAUGCAUCUCUCGAUCAUGGAAACUGUGCUAGACAUAGAGCUACAACACUAACAAGUUCUGGGAAAGGGAACACAGUUCUGCAUUGUCGGGUGCUUGGUAAAAGCCACAUCCUGGUCUGAGUAUUGAAAAAUGAAGGUGGCUUAUGAGUCCUCACCUGAGGUGCAGACAUUGGUCUGGAUUCAAUCUAAACUGUUCUUUACUGUUAUUCUUUAAAAAUUGCGUUAUUCAGAUUGGCAGAAAGUGUUGGGGGUAACAGUUGGCAUGACAGCUCAGAAGGUGCCAUGGCAGGAGAAUGAACCCCUGACUGAUAGUCCACUACUCUAUGGGCUGCACCACACUCAACACUUUUCUUUAAUGUUUCAGUUAGUUUUGGUUAUCUGUGAACUCACCAAACUGAGUGGUUUUUGUGAUGCUGAACAAUGUUUAUGUAUUUAUUUAUUUUUUGUUAUUGAGUGUUAAGGAAAAAUGUUGUGUCUUUUGAUUCGAGUUUUGAUGGGUGCAGUUAGCUUAUUCUGCCACUACGGGGCAGUAAUGCAAUGGAGACGGAGAGUUCAGUGAGUGUAGCGUGUCCUUAUGGUUUGGGGCAUUAACCUUUUAAAUAUGUAUACAUUUAAAAGGUAUAUAAACAAAACUGUCACUACUAAUUUUGUUGCGAUAAUAAUUUAAAAGAACAUUGUGAAUAUUUGAUUUAGUGUCUUACCUGCGUUUGCAUUAACUUAGCCCUACAUGCCUCACAUUCAUCCCAUUGUUAGGACACAGGGUUGAUUUUUCCAUAAGAUGAUUAUCAGAGGUCGGUUUCCUGUUCUGGAGCAGCCUUACAUAAGUAAAAUACUAACAUCUUGAUUGAACCCACAGCAUAAUCCUCAAGGUAAAUUUUUAGUCGUUUUUAUCAGUGGGCCCCAGCUUAUCAACGGCACAGCGCUUUCCCACGCAGUUGUAUCUGCCGGUGGCCCAGAUGUCGUUGCUCUAUCAGUUCGAAUGUUUAUGGAUGCUUGCAUUCUGGGCCCCCGAUUUCGGGGGUGCAGUCAAGAAAAACGCGAGCCCUCGCGCAGACCUCCUGCACGCACAGUUCCGAAAACGGCCAUGUCAUGAUUCUCAUUUGCGUUCUGCCACACGUCAAGAGGCGCGCGUUGCUCCAGCGGCUUGGAAGUUUACGGCCAAAGACAUCAGGAUGAGAGUGGAGGGGUUAGCAUUGUGCAGUCUGGUUUCUUUGCUGGGUCUGACGCUGCUGGAGUCGACGUCCUGCCAGCACCUGCCCGAGGAGCCCUGCUCGGUCCAGAUCCUAGUUCCUGGUCUCAAAGGUGAGCCAGGGGAGAAGGGAGUGAAAGGAGCACCUGGGAGGCCAGGUAGAGUGGGACCCCCCGGUGAGACAGGGCUUCCUGGACUCAAAGGGCAGAAAGGUCUGAUGGGACGUUAUGGCAAAAUGGGACCCAGUGGUAUCAAAGGUGCAAAGGGAGAUAUGGGAGAUCCUGGACCACAAGGGCCAGAUGGAGACCCAGGCGUACCGUGUGAGUGUGCACCAAUAAGGAGGAUGAUUGGCGAAAUGGAUAUCCUUGUGACUCAGCUGACAAAUGACCUGAAGUUCAUAAAAAAUGCACUGCCCUCCCCUGCAGCUGUCGCCGGCCUCAAGGAGACGGACAGCAAGCUCUACCUGCUGGUCAAAGAGGAGAAGCGCUACCCGGACGCCGAGCUCUACUGCCAGGGCAGGGGCGGGCACCUGGCCAUGCCAAAGGACGAAGGUGCCAACGCCGCAGUGGCUGCCUACAUCACCCAGGCCGGCCUGAGCCGGGUCUAUAUCGGCAUCAACGACCUGGAGCAGGAGGGCCACUUCGCCUACGUCAACCACUCCCCCAUGACCACCUUCAGCAAGUGGCGGGAGGGGGAGCCCAACAACGCCUAUGAGGACGAGGACUGUGUUGAGCUGGUGGCGGCUGGGGACUGGGUGGAUGUGGCCUGCCACCUCACAAUGUACUUUGUCUGCGAGUUCGAUAAGGACAGCGUCUGAUACCCCAUUCCCACGUCCCUUGCCCAGUCAAGGACAGUCGUGCUCAUUCACUCACUUCAGAUAUAUUUUUUCCAUUUGUUUUUAUGAGGACAGGAUAGGGGUUGCAGGGUGGGGGUGAGUUUGGUCGUGAAUUCAUGGACUUCAACGCUUUUGGUUUGGAGUUAAGCUUGGUAACGGAGGUUCAAAUCUCAGGUGUAGACGCUGGUUUGGACAAUUUGAGCCAAGGGUGGUUUUAAUCUGAAUCUAAAUAUUCAGUUGUAUAUUCAGUAACAUUUAAAAUGCAAGCCAUAUAUGUGACCCUAGCCAGGGGUGUUGGAUAUGCAUGAUGAACAGUAAUGACAUCAUGGAAUGCAAGCAGAGAUACACAGUUCUGUUAGAGGCCAGUGUCAGCAAUGGUUUGGGUGAUUCUGUUGUCAGUAUAUAUGUUUGUUUUUUUUGAACAAAAAUCAAGCCUGUUGUUUAAUAUAAUUGCUUUGUUUUUUAGAAGGCCAUAUACAUGUACAAUUUCUUUAAAACCCUUUUAUUCAUUUAUUUAUUGGUGUACCAAUGUUUAAGCUUUCAAGAUACAGAAAUGUUGCAAGAAAUGGAACCGAAAAAAGUGGAACCAUAAACGAAGUGGAACCAAAAAUUUUCACAGAAAUCAAACUUUAAUGCACUGAAUAUCUUCAUUUCUCUCUUCUCUGUUAAUUCUUGCUGUCUUUUUCUACCUUUUCACUUUGAUAACAAAUUGCAGUUCUUUCUUUCCUCUGGGUGUACUGUCAGUUGCAGGAUCAUGUUUAUAACAAAUGUGACAACGAUUAAAAAGGAAUUUGGUACAAAU